GCCGCGCUGACGUUGCCCGGGAUGCGGGAAGGUUCCUCCGCUGCCGCCGCCGCCUCUGCCUCGCCUGCUACCCGGGUUUGUAUGAAAACACCCGGCAGCAGGCGGCGAGGAGUCCGCGGUGCGUCCACAGAGCAGCCGCCUGCACUGCCUGCGCCGAGCCAAGUGGUGUGGUUCUGUCCACUCCCUGCUCGCUCCCCCUCCUAAGCUGUUUUCUCAGCUGCAAAAGUGGGAUAAUAGCAGUUACACCCUUAAGAUGAUAUUGAGCCGCAUAUGAACUAACACACACGAAGUGCUUAGCCUGGCACAUAAACCUUGGAUUGUCUCCCUCGUGGUGGCGGCGGCUGCUAUUUUAAUCACCUGUUUUUGAGUAUGUGAUUGCAUUUCUUUGACUGUCAUGUGCUGCUAUGAAAAAAUUAUCAAACUAUUGAUGGUGUGUUUAUGGCUGUAACUAUCCUGAUGGGCUCUACUUUCUCUGCAUCCUACACAUUUUGAUUAUCUGCAAUGGUGAAAUAAAGUAAAUCAAGAUGAGCAAGUUAAAAGGGGUAUCAGAGAAAAGCCUUAACAAUAAUUCUCGGAUUGUUGGACUCCUGGCUCAGCUGGAGAAGAUCAAUACUGAUUCUACAGAAUCAGACAGUGCCAGAUAUGUCACAUCAAAAAUUCUUCAUCUGGCUCAAAGUCAGGAAAAAACAAGAAGAGAAAUGACAGCCAAAGGUUCUACAGGAGUGGAAGUUCUACUGUCAACAUUAGAGAACACGAAAGAUCUUCAAACCACGCUUAAUAUCUUAAGCAUUCUUGUUGAGCUGGUGUCAGCUGGUGGAGGUCGAAGAGCUAGUUUCUUAGUCGCCAGAGGUGGUUCACAAAUAUUGUUACAGUUACUUAUGAAUGCCAGCAAAGACUGUCCCCUGCAUGAGGAGUUAAUGGUGCAGAUUCAUUCUAUUCUUGCAAAGAUUGGACCGAAAGACAAAAAAUUUGGAGUAAAAGCUAGAAUUAAUGGAGUUCUGAAUAUAACCCUGAAUUUGGUCAAACAGAAUUUGCAGAAUCAUCGCUUGGUUUUGCCUUGUCUUCAGCUUUUACGAGUAUAUUCUGCAAACUCUGUGAAUUCAGUAUUCUUAGGGAAAAAUGGAGUUGUGGAGCUGAUGUUUAAAAUCAUCGGGCCAUUUAGUAAGAAGAAUUCGGGUCUUAUGAAGGUUGCUUUAGACACUCUUGCUGCAUUGCUAAAAUCAAAAACAAAUGCCAGGAGAGCUGUAGACAGAGGAUAUGUCCAAGUCCUUUUAACAAUUUAUGUAGAUUGGCACCGCCAUGAUAAUCGGCACAGAAACAUGCUCAUUCGGAAAGGCAUUUUACAGAGUUUAAAAAGCGUAACAAACAUCAAGCUGGGAAGGAAAGCCUUUAUUGAUGCCAAUGGGAUGAAGAUUCUCUAUAACACUUCGCAGGAAUGUUUGGCAGUCAGGACACUUGAUCCUCUUGUCAACACCUCCAGUCUGAUAAUGAGGAAGUGUUUCCCUAAAAAUCGUCUUCCACUCCCAACGAUUAAAAGUUGUUUCCACUUCCAGUUGCCUGUUAUUCCUGUGGCUGGACCUGUGGCUCAGCUCUACAGCUUACCCCCUGAAGGACUGUUUUUUCUUUCUUCAUUUUAUCCUCAACAUCCAUUAGAUUGCAUGAAACAUAUGGAUGACGUAGUAGAUGAAAGUGAUGACAAUGAUGAUAUUGAUUUAGAAGCUGAAAAUGAAACCGAAAAUGAGGAUGACCUAGAUCAUAAUUUUAAGAAUGAUGAUAUUGAAACAGAUAUUAACAAACUAAAGCCUCAGCAAGAACCAGGACGAAAGAUAGAAGAACUUAAAAUGUAUGAACACCUUUUCCCUGAGCUUGUUGAUGAUUUUCAGGACUAUGACUUAAUCUCCAAAGAACCAAAGCCUUUAAUAUUUGAGGGGAAAGCGCGUGGUCCUAUUGUUGUCCCUACAGCAGGAGAGGAAGCAACCGGGAACUCGGGCAGUUUACGAAAAGGAGUCGCAAUGAAGGCAAAAGUGUCUCCCAAAGGGGAUGAAGGUGAUAAGAAACCUGCCUUUUUGGAUCUGGCAAAAGAAGACAUGCACGAUAAUGACAGAACAUUACAACAGCAGCUAGGUGAUCAAAAUAGAACUAUUUCAUCUGUCCAUGGCUUCAACAGUGAUAUUGUGAAGGCCUUGGACCGAAUUACAUUGCAGAAUAUUCCUUCUCAAACAGCUCCAGGUUGUACCGCAGGAGUGAAGAAGGACUACAGCCUCCCUCUCACUGUCGUCACGUGCCCGAAAGUAUGUCCGCACGUGGCUGCUUGUGGAAAUGUUCUGUUUGAGGGGAGAACAGUUCAGCUAGGGAAGCUUUGCUGUACGGGAGUCGAAACUGAGGAUGAUGAAGACAGUGAGUCUGCUUCAUCCGUGGAACAAGCAUCAAUUGAAGUCUCCGAUGGACCAACGCUCCACGACUCAGAUCUCUAUAUCGAGGUUGUGAAAAAUACAAAGUCUGUCCCAGAAUAUUCAGAGGUUGCUUAUCCUGAUUAUUUUGGUCACAUUCCACCUCCAUUCAAAGAGCCUAUUUUAGAAAGGCCUUAUGGUGUACAGAGGACAAAAAUUGCCCAAGAUAUUGAGAGGCUAAUACAUCAGAGUGAUAUCAUAGAUCGAGUGGUAUAUGACUUAGAUAACCCAAAUUACACCAUUCCAGAAGAUGGAGAUAUUUUGAAAUUUAACUCCAAAUUUGAAUCUGGGAAUCUGCGCAAAGUAAUUCAAAUUAGGAAAAAUGAGUAUGAUCUUAUUCUGAACUCGGAUAUAAACAGUAAUCAUUAUCACCAGUGGUUUUACUUCGAAGUCAGCGGAAUGCGGCCAGGUGUUGCUUACAGGUUUAACAUCAUUAACUGUGAAAAGACCAAUAGCCAGUUUAACUAUGGUAUGCAACCACUCAUGUAUUCAGUUCAGGAAGCACUAAAUGCCAGACCGUGGUGGACUCGUGUGGGGACAGACAUUUGUUACUAUAAAAAUCACUUCUCAAGAAGUUCAGUUGCUGCAGGUGGGCAAAAGGGAAAAUCCUACUAUACAAUUACAUUCACUGUCAAUUUUCCACACAAAGAUGAUGUUUGCUACUUUGCUUAUCACUAUCCAUAUACGUAUUCAACUUUGCAGAUGCAUCUUCAAAAAUUGGAAUCGGCACACAACCCUCAGCAAAUCUAUUUUCGAAGAGAUGUGUUAUGUGAAACCCUGUCUGGAAACAGCUGUCCUUUGGUGACUAUAACAGCAAUGCCAGAAUCUAAUUAUUAUGAACAUAUCUGUCAAUUCAGAAAUCGCCCUUAUGUCUUCUUAUCUGCUCGGGUACAUCCUGGAGAAACUAAUGCAAGUUGGGUAAUGAAAGGAACAUUGGAGUAUCUCAUGAGUAAUAAUCCUACUGCUCAGAGCUUACGAGAAUGCUAUAUUUUUAAAAUUGUCCCUAUGCUAAAUCCAGAUGGUGUCAUCAAUGGAAACCACCGCUGUUCUUUAAGUGGAGAGGAUUUGAAUAGACAGUGGCAAAGUCCAAAUCCAGAUUUACAUCCUACGAUUUACCACACUAAGGGGCUGCUACAGUACCUGGCUGCAGUGAAGCGUAUACCACUCGUUUAUUGUGACUAUCAUGGCCACUCCCGAAAGAAGAAUGUGUUCAUGUAUGGCUGCAGCAUCAAGGAGACAGUGUGGCACACCAGUGCUAACGCCACCUCCUGUGAUAUCGUGGAAGAUGUGGGAUACAGGACUUUGCCUAAGAUACUGAGCCAUAUUGCGCCAGCAUUUUGCAUGAGCAGCUGUAGCUUUGUAGUGGAAAAAUCUAAAGAAUCCACAGCGCGUGUGGUGGUUUGGAGGGAGAUAGGAGUACAAAGAAGCUAUACCAUGGAGAGUACUUUGUGUGGCUGUGAUCAGGGAAAAUAUAAGGGCUUGCAGAUUGGUACCCGAGAACUGGAAGAGAUGGGAGCAAAAUUUUGUGUUGGUCUAUUGCGUUUGAAAAGACUGACAUCCCCUUUGGAAUAUAAUAUGCCUUCCAACCUGCUCGACUUUGAAAAUGACUUGAUCGACUCCAGCUGCAAAGUAACUAGCCCUACCACUUAUGUUUUGGAUGAAGAUGAACCUCGAUUCCUUGAAGAAGUUGAUUACAGUGCAGAAAGUAAUGAUGAGUUAGAUAUUGAAUUAGCUGAAAAUGCAGAUUAUGAACCUUCUACUCAAGAAGAAGUACUUUCUGAUUCUGAAUCAUCAAGAACAUACUUACCUUGAGCCCCCCUGCCAUCUCUUGUAAAUGCAAAGAAGAAAUGAAAUAUCUUGAUUUUUAUUACACAGGAAGUUUGAAAGAAAUGAGUUUAUAGAGAGCUGACUCAUAAAAACAAAAAGAAACUUGAGCCUGUUUGGUUUCAAGACAAUAAAUAUGUUAUUAAUUCAUGAUAAAAUUGGCAUUUGUUUUAUUUAAGCUAUUCAAUGCACUUUAUAUAGCAUUGAAUUAUCAAAUAUUGGAUUUACUUUUUUAAAGGAAAACCUGAGUAUCAUUGCAUGAAUUUUUAUCUCCUCAUGGUUAUGUCCUGCAUCAAAUGGAUAAUUUUGAAGUGUGUGAGAACAUAAAAUCUGAAUUCUAGAAUUGUUGAGAAAAUCCAAGCUUCUGAAAACUGAUCUAUAUGUACAUGGACUUCUGUAGAUAUGUCUGUGUAGGGACGGGUGGGUGUGGACAAUAAGACUGUUCCUCUGAAUCAUGUUAACCGUUGAGUUGUGACUGAGAUAAUCCGGAAUUUGCCUUGAAACCAUUACAUCCUACAUUUACCAAAUUAAACAAAUAAAAACUAUAUUAAACGUUG